AUGACGCCCCCGGAAGCUCAGUCCAGCUCGUCCGACGUCGCCGUCUCAUCGACCUGCGGCAAGAUCAACAUCUCACCAGAGGAAUUCCACGAGCUGCGCGCAAGCGCAUCAGCGGCCAAGGCAACGGCUCACUGCCCCUACAGCCGGUUCCGCGUCGGCGCCGCCGUCCUCGUCGCCAAUGGCAGUGUCGUUGCCGGAGCCAACGUCGAGAAUGCGAGCUACCCGGUUGGGUUGUGCGCUGAGCGUGUCGCGCUCUCCAAAGCCGUUACCGAUGGCACCUGGUCCGCCUCUUCCUCGACAUCGGCUUUUCGCGCCAUCGCCGUCUCUACCGACAUCAGCCCCCCGGCGAGCCCGUGUGGCAUGUGCAGACAGUUCAUCCGCGAGUUUUGCCCCUUGAGCAUGCCUGUCAUCAUGUUUGACAAGAACGACGAGUACGUGGUGCUCACACUUGAAGAGCUGCUACCUAUGUCGUUUGGACCAGACCAACUGCCUCCAGCGGGUGCCCCGGGAGCUCCGUAG